AUAUUAACAGCAACAACAACAACAGCAGCAGUGAGCUGUUAGUUAGUAAACUGCGGCGGUGGUUAAAGAUGGAGAUCAGCAGCUAUUUCAUGAAACUCACACAGUUUAACUUGGAAGCAUUUCGCUUCUAUCAUGUCUUGGCAGUCGUGUUCAUAAUCUACAUUUCAGCGGUUCUGAUUAAAUGGUCGAUAAAGAGAAAGCGGUGGAUGCGAGCUUUAGAGCAGUUUCCUGGACCUCCUGGUCACUGGCUUCUCGGACACGUUACAGAGUUUAAGCAAGAUGGAACAGAUUUACAGAAGAUACCCAAAUGGGGAGAACAAUAUCCCUUUGCUUUCCCAAUGCAGUUUAGUCCAGAUAAUAUAUUUCUGUAUGUCCAUCAUCCAUCUUAUGUCAAGCCCAUUCUGGCAUCAGCAGGACCAAAGGAUGACUUUGCAUAUAGAUUUCUCAUCCCUUGGAUAGACAGCUAUUCUGUCUCUUCAGGAGAAGGUUUACUUGUUAAUGCUGGAGAGAAAUGGUUUCGCCACAGACGUCUCCUCACACCAGGCUUCCAUUACGAUAUAUUAAAGCCUUAUGUGAAGCUAAUGGCAGAUUCAGCCAACGUGAUGCUGGACAAGUGGGAAGUGUACACAAGAACAGGGCAGACCUUUGAACUUUUUCAGCAUGUUAGUCUGAUGACAUUGGACAGCAUAAUGAAGUGUGCAUUUAGCUGCCAAAGCAACUGUCAGACAGAGAGGUCCAACCCAUACAUAAAGGCAGUGUAUGAACUGUGCAACCUGGUGAACGUACGGUUUCGCGUCUUUCCAUAUCACAAUGACAUCAUCUUUCACUUGAGUCCACAUGGCUACAUAUUCAGAAAAGCAUGCAAGAUUGCACACACCCAUACAGAUGAAGUCAUACGACAGAGAAGAGAAGCUUUAAGUGAUAAGAAGAAGAAGGAUGAGGCUCAGGAGAAGAGAUAUUUAGAUUUUCUGGAUAUCCUCUUAUGUGCUCGUGAUGAGCAGGAGCAGGGCUUGUCAGAUGAAGCCAUCCGAGCAGAAGUGGACACUUUUAUGUUUGAGGGACAUGACACUACUGCCAGUGGUAUCUCCUGGAUCUUCUACAGCAUGGCCUGCAAUCCUGAGCAUCAGCAGAAGUGCAGAGAGGAGAUCCAGCAAGUGCUGAUGGGAAAGGAUACUAUUGAGUGGGAGGACCUCAGUAAAAUACCAUACACCACAAUGUGCAUUAAGGAAUCCCUGCGUAUGUACCCUCCUGUUCCAGAAAUUGGACGAAUGUCAAGCAAACCAAUCACUUUUUUUGAUGGAAGAACAGUUCCUGCAGGUUGUCUUAUUGGAAUCAGUAUUUAUGGAAUUCAUCACAACCCUACAGUUUGGGAGAAUCCAAAGGUGUUUGAUCCGCUGAGAUUUCUGCCAGAGAACACUGCUAAGAGAUCACCCCAUGCCUUUGUGCCUUUCUCAGCUGGACCAAGAAACUGCAUUGGCCAGAACUUUGCUUUGAAUGAGAUGAAAGUGGUCGUGGCUCUGACGCUGAGGAAGUAUGUUCUCAUCAAAGAUCCAGAUCAUACUCCAAAGAUGAUCCCUCGACUAGUGCUCAAAUCUCUCAAUGGUAUACACCUCAAGAUCAAAUUGGUGGAAAAUGCACCUUGAGAAAAUAUAAAUAGUAUGCAAUAAAUAUACUAGUAUUUUAAUGAUAUUUGCUAAAUUGAUUCAUGAAUUUAAUUUCAUAAUUAAAGUGCAUGUAAGAACUCAAGGUACAAAUAGUAAGCAGUAUUAAUGAUUCUGAUAACUCCUUUUUAGUAAAAUAGGCUAUUUAAUGAGAAAGAUGUAAUAUAAUAAUUGUUUAUCAUUUCUAACACUUCAUUUUGAAAGUACUUGUCUGAAAUAUCAGUGUGUGGUGUAUUGCUAUUUUUAAUACAUGGAUGUAAAAUAUGCAACAUAUUUAUGCUGCACAUCAGACACAAAAUCAGGAACACAAAAUAAAAUUUACUGUGUUUUAUUGUGAUAAAAAGCAAAAAUGUACUAGAAAACAUUACAUAAGUAAAACAAAGGAUAUCUCUGCAAGGUUCUUGUAAAAAUGUUUGACAUGUUCAGCUGGAGGGGACGUUAUUGUACAGCUCUUAAGAACCAUAAUGCAUUGUGUCAUACGUCCUGCUGCCAUCUAGUGACUAAAGUCAAGUAUUAAAGGCAUAUCAUUUCGUGCCUUGAA